AUGGCCGCCAGCUUAGGCGCAACGUCGUUGGCUGAUGUGCACCACCAAGGUUUAAAUGAGUUAUUACGCGACCUGGCAAACGUCUAUCCGGUACACGCGGAAGAAGAGGUGCAGCUUCUAGGCGUCCCAGUUCUUGACGCGCUACUGGAAGUUUUCAUGCAGAGAGCAACGGGGUUGUGGGUUGAUCCAACUCAUCAGCAACUGUCGCGAGAACAGAUCCUUACCGAAGAUGAAGAGAUGCUUCUUCUGGGCGACGAGGCAGAAGACGUGGGCGAACCCGGCGAAGGUCCAGCGACUGGUGAACUGGGUUCUAAUGUCUUGUUCACGCACUCCAAUCGAAGCAAAAGGCUCAGCCCUGUUGUGGAGAUCGCGAGUAGCUUGUCAGCUUCUGGGAAAUCCCAGUUGCUCUACUAUUUGAUCGCGCUUGCCAUCUUGCCGCGUUCGUUCGGCGAGAGCUCCGUCGGAGGGCACGAGGCAGCCGUCGUCUUGAUCGAUGCCGAUGACCGGUUCGACGCUGAGGUAUUGCAAAUUGUGGCCCGAGGGAUCUUCAGGGAAGCAAAAGGCUCCAAAGACCUCUCUGACUCAAAUGGAGCCAAUGAAGCACAAGCUCUACCCGACGAUGAGCUCGAAACAGUGAUCAGCUCUGCACUGCAACACGUUCAUGUAUUUCGCCCACAGUCAUCCUCGGCUCUACUAGCCACUUUAUGCGGAUUAAAUGCCUAUCUUUUUGAUCUCUCGCGCCAUCACUCGGCCUCUCGUCCGUUGCAGAUGAUUGCCAUUGACAGUGUCACAGCAUUCUUCUGGCAAGAUCGACUGCGUGACGAGGUUGCGCGCACCGAGGAAAUUGGGCGCCUUCGAGCAGAGAUUGAUCAAGAGCGUGAACAGAAGCAAAGCUUCUAUCUUUCUGACUUGUAUUCCCAAAUAGUCACCGAAUUGAAACGACUGCAAGGUCAAUUCGGCUGCACCGUUGUUUAUACCGCAACGGUCUCUGGCGGUCGACCCACAGUCAAGAGCAGCCAUUCUGCUCCCGGCCCUUAUGACCGGUGUCCAUCUCGAACACCGUCACUUCGUCCUGCUCUUCCUGCACCGUGGGGAAUAUUUCCCACCCUUCGCCUUGUCGUACAUCGUGAUCUAGUGCGCUCAUUCCCACCCGCAAUAAGUGCACAUGAUGCUAGACAGGAUGCACCCAAGCGUCAAGACGUUCUGCGACAGGGCAAAUUCUCCGCUUGGGUCAAUUCAUGGGGUCGCGAAGAAUGGCCUCGGCUAGUAGCGGACAGCCUUGAUGCUCUCAAUGGCGGAUGUUUCUCUUUUUACGUACGCGAGACUGGGAUGAAGAUACCCCCCAUCUGA